GGUCGAAAGUCACCACGCGCGAGUGGAUCAGGAGCGGGCACCGUCUGUAUCGCACGAGAAGCCACCGCGCAGUCUACCGCCCAAAUUUGCACGAAUCCUGGACGAGGAUGGCGUAUCGCGCAGAAGGCGUGCUGCUGUUCACAAACAAGUCAUCGUGAAGGAAAGAAAAGAGCUGCCACCUUCACGUCUGCCGGCUGCUUUGACCUACAUGCCAUUCAGUGAAGAUUCGACGGGAGACGACUCUGAUGUCGAUGACGAUAUGUCGGUGACGCCUGCAUCGCCGGGAGAGUUCCCACCAGCCACUGCACCUCAGCCUGUUCAGCUCCAUUACGCCUCUUCAGAAGACGAAGACGAAGACGAAGACGACGGUUACGAGUCAUCUGACGAUGGAUCGCUGGACUUGCUUGCGGCUGCGCGCGAAAUUGACCCUGAUGCAGUGCGUGAGCAGGAAAGAGAGUAUGAUGCGAACAUGGCAGAACGGUUGGCCGAAGAAAUUCCAGCGGGCUCCAGUGCAGCGACGGCGGGAGGCGGUAGCGGAUUCGCCAGCCCUGUCAGUCAUAUGAAUCGGGAAGAGUAUGAGAAGGCUGUGAAGAAUGCGCGUUCUCGACAAAGAUUGAAUCGGUCCCAGACCGCAGACAGCAUGAAGGUGAAUACGGCGAAGGUGCCUGUUGAGCAGCGCUCUAGCGAAGACGAAGAUGAGGACGAAGAGAUGGAUGACGCGCGAUCAUGAAAGCAUAGCGAUACUGUAGAUAAUCACAAUUCCGAGACCCCAAUGGCCCGUGAAUCUCCC